AUGUUACGCACGAAAAUACAUAUAGCAUGGAGUGCUCUCGGUGCGUUUCUUGGUUUGUCGGCAUUUAUAUGUUUUUGCAUCGUUUAUGCAAACAUUGAAGCUGGAAUGUGGGCGUUAUUGGCUUGUCUCCAUGCCUCAUUGACUAUGAUGCUUCACUGCCACUAUCUUAAAGACACCUUACAUGUCAACUUUUCAAGAAAGGCUCUACAAUAUAUUGGCGAUUUUGGAAUAGUUGGAUUCAUAUCUGGGCUGGCACUUAGUCUGUUUUAUUUAUUUUUGGAAAUUUAUUACAAAGCAGAUAUUCUUCCAAUUAACACCAGCAUUGUAUUAAGACUAGUAUGGUCUUUUAUGAUGAUGAAAUGGGGCUUGAUUCUGUAUGUGUUUACAAAGAAGUAUCUCCGAACAUAUAAUGAUGAUCAAUUGUUCUCAGAAAAUCCUAAUAUUGAAGAAACAUAG